AUGGCAGAGAAGGAGGGGAGUGUUGUAGGGGACAGUCUGGGGGCUAAAGGAGCGUCUGGAGGUCCCGCGCCGGGAGGCGGCGGCGUGGUGGUGCAGGUUCGGGAGAAAAAGGGACCCCUGAGGGCCGCUAUACCAACAAUGCCUUUCCCUUUGGCGGUUAUAUGCCUCUUUCUCAACACCUUUAUACCUGGAUUAGGUACCUUCAUCUCGGCUUUCACGGUGCUGUGCGGCACCCACAGCGAGCUGGUGGCCGAGCGCGGCGUCUGCUGCGUCUUCUGGCUCAACGUGGCGGCCGCCCUCAUCCAGAUCGCCACGGCCGUCAUCAUGGUGGGCUGGAUCAUGAGCAUCUUCUGGGGCAUGGAUAUGGUCAUCCUGGCAAUUUCUGACGGCUACAGAGACCAGAACGUUCCGCAGGACGUUUGA